GGCACUGGUCGGGCGCGUAUAAAGUCAGUCGGGCUAGCCCAGUAUCGCGGCACGGUGAUACCCGGUGACACACAUCCAUGUCAGGUCGUGGUAGACGCACGGAGAACGGGAUCGAAGGUCGACAAAAAUUAUCCCGUAUACUCGUGUGCACGCGAGGGAGUGCUCGAACGAAAUUAAUCUUGUGACUGUCGUGAUAAUCGUGCCGAUCGGGACGCUCGUAAAUAAAACAGUACACGGUGCUCCUAAGGAGGGUAAAGAAUACAAUUAAUCAUUACUGCGUUCCGUGAAAACCGCGAGGCCGCCCCCGCUUGUUGACAUUACUCGGGCGAACCGACGGACGAAUCGGGUCAGCGUCGCGUCUAAGUAGUCGUAAUCCGCGACGGCUCAGACAUUUCAUCUUGUCCUUGAUGCGAGGAAGAUAGAACGGGCAUUUGUGACGUAAAAUUAAUUGGAUCGGGACCGCGAACAGAGUAAUGAGCUGCGGUCGUGCACGACCGCUGAACCCGCGCGCGGCGGGUGACGGCUAGAGUUUCUGCGAUUACAGGUGAAAGGGCUGGCUGGCUGGCUGGAAAAGUGGGUUACGCCGGAGAUCCCCCACGAGUCACGUCAACGUCCACCCUCCCCGGUUAAUUAUCCCGGCUGCUAAUUAUUUCCGCCGUGUUACGAGCCGGGGAAAACGGCAGCGGGCGUAAACGGUGAGCCGGGGCGCGAAAUCGGCGGCUGUUUUGCACGCGUUCGUCAAGGUGCCGGACAAAUUGUCGGAGGUCCUGGGCGUGCUGGAGUUAUGCGGUGGAGGCGGCGGAGGCGGCGGUAGCGGGGCUGCGGGUGCCGCCGAGGACAGGACCAUGUCGGGGAACGCGCCGAGCGGUAGCGCGGCCAUUAAAAUCGGCGCGGUGACGGGGGUGGCGAUAAUCAAGAGCAGAUGGGCCCAAAGGGGCACGAGGUCGCCUCUACCUUCCGUCGCUAAUACCGAUAGUGCCGACAGUACGACUUCGACCAGUUCGGAGGAAUUUAACGUCGCAAAGGAGCAACACGCGGUACAACCGUCGGUAACCGAACCAGGCCUGCCCCAUCAAAGUCGCAGUUGUCCGGGCGGUCGAACGUUGGCGAGGAACUCGUCCGUCAGCUCGCAGAGCUCGGUCGAGGGUGCGUCCUGCUCUUCGAACCAUCGGGGAUCGUCGCCGCAGAUCAGAGCGUUCGGCCCGGACGGACGGCAUCAGCCCCGACACGAUCCUCUACACACCGCAUCUUCGUACCCACCCAGCAGAAGCUCGAGAUCUCCGUCACCGGCUCGCGCGGCGUCCUUGGAUGCACGCUGUGCAAGUCCUGCCAGUUACACGAGCAGCCUGCAUAGUGGAAAUGCGUCACCUUCACAGACCUCUUUGUCGUCCGUGGCAACGGGUGUAAGUUCCACUUGCGGGUGUUCGCCAAUGAAUGCCGUUCAAAGUACUUCCAGACAGACCAGUCGUUGCUUAUCGCCCCUUCUCAUCCCACCGCCACGUGCUUCCAUAAGCAGCGAGGGUGGCCCCAUACCGCCCGCUUCUCCGCUUGGUUCUUUACAACCGGAUCUUUAUCAGAGACGUGACGGCCCUGUCUUUCUCAGCGCUCGCAGGACGGGGAAGCAUCUGGGCAGGCUUCAUCUGCGCCUGAGGUACGACUUCGACAAAUCAGAUUUGGACGUGCACCUGAUCGAGGCGCACGAUCUCGCGGGCAGCGAUCAGGGCGGCUUCAACGAUCCCUACGUGAGGCUUACCCUCAGCCCGGAAGUGGACAGCAGGAAAAGGCAAACGCAGAUCCACCGGAACGACCCGAAUCCGUUUUUCGAUCAGCACUUCAAGUUUCCCGUCAGCUACGAAGAGCUGCAGGAGAAGACUCUAGUUUUGCAGGUAUUCGAUUACGAUCGUUUCUCGAGGAACGAUGUGGUGGGCUCGGUGAGAGUGGCCAUGGACAGCCUCGAAUUGGUCUCUUCCACUUCCUCGGUAGAAGUCUGGGGUGAAAUAACGAGGGAGCGCAAACCACCGGAGGAGAUUCAAGAGGUGCUGGUCUCAUUGUCUUACUUGCCGAGUGCCGAGAGGCUCACGGUUCUCAUGAUGAAAGCUAGAAAUCUGUUUCCCCAGCAGGACAAGGAGACACUGGAUCCGUUCGCGAAAGUCAGUCUUCUCUGUGGAGAAAGAAGAGUAAAGAAAAAGAAGAAAACAGCUGUCAGGAGGGCUACGACAAAUCCCGUUUGGAACGAAGCAAUGUCGUUUAAUAUACCUGCCUCAUUACUCGCGUCGUCGGCUAUAGAGAUAUGCGUGCUGGAUUCGAGCAGCGAGCUGAUCGGCGGAAACGCCAUCGUCGGAUCCUGCAUCAUUGGACCGGCUACAGGUGCCGACAGCGGUAACAGUCAGGGACGAGAGCACUGGCUUCAAAUGACGCAGUCUCCGAGGAAGCAAAUUGCCGAGUGGCACACGCUACACUAGUUCGAUCGUUAUUACGAUCUAGCCGUUGGAUUGCCCGAAUAUAAUUUUCGCGUCCUCGAUCGAAGGAAAUACAAUCUGUCGUCAUUGUUACGUCAUAAUAACGAAUAGUCAAAUGACCAUAUACGAAACGUAUAGCGGUAUUAUAUAUAAAUGUAAAAAAAAGAUGACGUAUAUCUCCCCUCCCCCCACUGUCUCAACAAAAAGACAAAAAAAAAAAAAAAAAUCCAAAAUGAUUCAUUAAGGAACCGUUCAUCUUCUGCACUUUUAUAAUAGAUAUAUUGAUCCGUAAUGAUUUCGUUGCAUCGAAUGUCGAUGCGCGAGGAAAGGGAGAAAAAAGUAAGAGAUGAAAAACCGAUUAAUAUUCUUCGUAUAUAUCUAUGCACUCCAUAUAUUUAUAUCUCUAAUAGGUAUAUACUAUGCACUUGUACUUUUGUUCAUUGCACAAACUCUAUGCGCGCGAUCCAAUUGUGCAUUUCUUAAUUUUUGAAUACCCGAACGAUUUAGAGACGUAUUUUUAAAAUAUCUUAAUAUAUUUUAAAAUAUCUAUUAAUGCGUUACUAUGAAUGCAUAACUUCUUCGAAGUUACAAUAAAAGGAGACGUGGUCCCCCUAAGCUGUGAAGCAAAAGCAGAGACAGGUCUCGCGUUUCGCUUAACAGAUCAAUAAUUAAACGUACAAACUAAUACUUUAAGAUAAGACACUGACUUGAGAAAAUAAUUACCAAGUCCGAGUACGCUGAUCGAAUCAUCUUUGCUAAGAAGCUACUUUCUCUCAGGUUUAUCCCGUAUUUCUCUUAUAAUUACGCUUCUUCUUCUUCCUCCUCUUCUCUUCGAGAAAAAAAAAAGGAAAUUACGUACAUUGGAAGCCUAAAUCUGUCAAAUGUGGCCUAGAAGAGUAUUUAAAAUACGCCGUGUCUAUAGCUUGCUGGCUGAUCGAAAAGGCCUAAUAUCCCUGCGAACGAGCAUGCUAAUCGCGACAACGUAUUGAUUGUCGUUAUCGCUGUGUAUUUUGUCGAGUGUGUAAUUCAUAUGCUAAACAAAUUUAAAACAAAUAAUGUUUGUGUGAAGAAAGUAAAAAGAUCCAGACAUUUUUCGUUUUUAGUAUCAAAUACAAUUUAAAAAUAACAGGCAAUAAAACGUUUUUUUUUUACAAUGUCUCUACAAGUAUAUACGCACAUACUUGCUUUCGUUUACCGAAAAUUAAGUUUGAUUUUUCCACGAAUCAAAUAUUAUGAAACGCGAAAACGUAUCCGAUCAAAACUAUAUCAUAUCGAUAAUUUAUGCUUUCGAAUCUGCUUUUCUUGAUUUUAAAUGUCGAAAAAAAUAA